ACCUGACCGACAUAGGACCUCUUUGUACGGCUGGACUUGAUUAAUUAGCAAACACUCAGGUGAACAUAAGAUGAAGUCUGCGCCUGGUGAAUGUUUAUUUUUGGCGUCGUGCUUUUGCGUGGCUGGAUAAACAAAUGGCGGCAACGCGUUUUUCGAAAACUGCUUUGUGUCGUCCUUUGCUUUUGUCAUUUUUCUUCUUCUCACAAAGCCCUUGUUUUCAUUGAGAAAGUUCUCUUCUCCAGCCGAACCGGGCCCUACGCAGCAAACGUUUGACGAUUCGACCGCAACAAACAAUUUUCGUCACGUUUCUCUUUCCUCCCAGCUCUCAACCUACUUCACCUGCACAAGAUGCCCUCAAGCGCAAGGGCCUCCGAUUCCCAUCUCGCGAUUCGAAAAGCUUGGGAAGGCAUGAGCGACUCAUGGUGCCAUCAAGACGCAACUUUGGAGCUUACACGAUCGAUGAACGCGACGCUCAAGCUUUGGGAAUGCCUGGCCAUUGGGUUACUGGCCAUGGAUCUCGUCAUCACCCUCUACGGCAUCGGCGCUAAGAUCCCCGACACCGUCCUUCCCAUCUCAACCGAGGUUGCUCUCGUUUCCUUCACGGAGCUGAUCGUCCUUCUCCAGCUCCUGCAGAUACUGCUUCCCGUGUACCCUGCGGAGGAGUUUGCGAUGUUCGCCGUCCCCCAGAACAUGACCGACCAGACCGCGUGCAAGUGGGCCGCGAGCAUUUUUGGGCUGCAGGAAGCAGAAUUUCGCGGCAACCGGCGGAAUCACAACGCGGACGAUCUGCGUGCCUUUGGCGUCUUUCUCUUACCGGCUGGCGCUACUGUCGCGUGGAAAUGGCGAAGACUUCGGCGUCGUCAGAGGGAGAUCAGGAUGGAAGAGCAAGCGGCGCUACUUUUGCGUGCUUUUCGGAUUUGGGACGUUGUUGGGAGACUCGAUGAACCGGGGCUCUAGAGCUGAUUCUCUUUUGAGUUCCCUCGACCCGAGGAUACAGUUGCCACGGUCAGACUAGAGCGCGGUGGCUUUGGUUUGGAGCAUAUCAAGACGACGGACAGACAUUUAGGGUUCCCGAAAAGCUUGGGAUAAUCAGUGGACGCUUUGUGUAUAGGGCAGCAUCAAAGCUUAUACUAUUUAUGUCUUCUCUUCAGAAAACAUUUCAAAG